AACUUCUCUCCCAAAUCUCCCAAAUGUACCAAUGAUUUUGUUUCCCUAGAUUGAUUAAUGUAAAUAUGUUGACAAUUUAUCUAUUUUAAUAGAUAAGAUGUAUUGACAAGCUUAUUUAAUUAUAAAUAUGUUGACAAUCUAUACAUUUUAAUGUAAUAACUAUUUACUGUUUUUAAUAUAAAACUAUGUAGAGAUCCGCAGAAUGAGAAAGCUUAUACAAAAAUUUAUGUUACAUAAUAGUAGUAAAUAUAUGUCUUAUAUUUAUUGUUACAAUAUAAAGUUCAAGAUUUGUGGUGUUUAGGAAAUGUAUUUGGGCUGAAUUUUUCUGGUUCAAUUUGGUAAAUUUUCGAACAAAUCGAACUAAUAGCCAAAGACUGAGUAACCUAAACGAACUGAACCCACAUGCCUACUUGUUGGAUUUUUUUUUUUUUAAAAAGAGAGUUGGAAAAUGUUUCCUCCACUCCACCAGUUGGUCCUUUGUUACUUCAAUCAUUCGCCAUUGUUAUUGGGGCUCAUGACUCUCUCUCUCUCUCUCUAUCCAUCCAAUAAAGAUUCCCCUUUUAAAUGCUUUGAAAAAAACAAAAAUAAUAGGGGAAUAAAAAUUAUAUUCUGGUUUACCAAUGUUGCAUAUAUAUAUACCGAGACAUAGCGAGGGAGAGAAAGAGAGAGAAAAGCGGUUCGGUAACGUGUGAUCGUGAGUGAAACAAAACAAAACAAAAGGGUUUCAUUGAUAAUCAUUCUUCACCAAAUGAAUAUCCCAAAUGGAGAUUUCUCCAAUGCUUCAAGUGAUAACACUUCCUUCUUUUCCAGCUCACUGCCUCUUCUUCCACAACAAAACCUCAAUCCUCUUGAUCAAAUUGCUUCCGGGUUAAACCAUUUCAAUGAUGAUCAAGACUCACAUCCAAUGGAUGAGGAACAGCUUCUGGCUGGUCUAAUGGAUGAGAUAAACUUAACUUCAUUGCCAAAUACAUUAGAUGACUUGGAAGAGUAUGACUUGUUUGGUAGUGGAGGAGGUCUUGAACUAGAGUCUGACCUCCCAAGAAUGAGUUUUGCUGACUCCAAAACUGCAAAUGGUAUUUUCCAAAACAUUGCUGGCGAGCAUCCUUAUGGUGAACACCCUUCAAGGACUUUGUUUGUUAGGAAUAUUAAUAGCACCGUUGAUGAUUCAGAACUGAGAGCUAUCUUUGAGCAAUAUGGAGACAUCCGAACUCUGUAUACCGCCUGCAAGCAUAGGGGUUUUGUAAUGGUCUCUUACUACGAUAUCCGUGCUUCAAGAGCAGCUAUGCGAGCCUUACAAAGCAAGCUGCUUAAAGGGAGGAAACUUGACAUACACUUCUCUAUCCCUAAGGAUAAUCCAUCAGAGAAAGAUGUAAAUCAAGGGACUCUUGUGGUAUUCAACUUGGCUCCAUCAGUAUCAAAUAAAGACCUCGAAAACAUAUUCGGAGCUUAUGGAGAGAUCAAGGAGAUAAGGGAAACACCAAAUAAGAGGCAUCACAAAUUUGUUGAAUUUUUUGACGUUAGAUCGGCUGAGUCAGCUCUCAAAGCUUUGAACAGGACUGACAUUGCUGGAAAGCGUAUCAAGCUUGAACAUAGCCGUCCUGGUGGUGCUCGUCGCAACAUGAUGUUGCAAAUGAAUCCAGAGUAUGAGCAAGAUGAUUCACGCAGCUACCUGAAUCUUGCUGAUUCUUCUUUAGCCAGCUCUCCUGCUGGGAACUACUGGGGUAACAGCCCUGUUGAUCAUAGUCCUCUACUAAGUCUCAGCAAGUCUCCACUGAGUCCAACGCUUUCUUCUAUUCUGAAUUCUCAAAGAGUUAGCCACUUGGAUCAUCUGUUUCCAACGAGUCACAAAGCUUCUGGUUAUCAGCAAACGCAGUCUUGUGGUACUGCUUCCUCGUAUGGCUCUUUGAACUCAUUAUCUGGAUCAGAGUUUUUAUGGGGAAGUCCUAGCUCUUCACUCUGGCCUAUGAAUCAGUUCCCUUCAAACGGAAAAGCUCACAUGUUUCCAUACUCGGCUCUAAACGGAUCCACCCAUGUUGGAUCCGCACCGUCUGGAUUCUUUAGGAGGUCCUCUGAGACUUCAUCUAUGGGUUCAGCAGCUUUCAGGGGAGCAAGUGGUAAUGCAGCUCCAAGAAACAUGCGUGAAGCUGGCUCCCCAAGUUUCAAAGUGGUGUCUUCUCCAAGACAUAGUCAACUUUUUACGGGGAGUGUCUCUUCUUACCAGUGGCCUGUUGCAACAACGGCUUCAAUUGACGGUAGUAACAUGAACCAAGUUGACAGCAAGAAACAGUUUCAGCUUGACUUGAGUAAGAUUAUGAGCGGUGAAGAUUUACGGACAACCUUGAUGAUUAAAAACAUCCCUAAUAAGUAUACUAGGAAGAUGCUGUUAGCUGCCAUUGACGAGACUAACAGAGGAACUUAUGAUUUUCUCUAUCUGCCUAUUGAUUUCAGGAAUAAAUGCAAUGUGGGUUAUGCGUUUAUCAACAUGGUGUCUCCUACUUUCAUCAUUGCAUUGCACGAGGCCUUUGAUGGGAAAAAAUGGGAUAAGUUCAACAGCGAGAAAGUUGCUUCCUUGGCUUACGCCCGGAUCCAAGGCAAAACCGCACUCAUGGCUCACUUCCAGAACUCAAGCUUAAUGAACGAAGACAGGCGUUGCCACCCUAUUGUCUUUGAUGGACCAGAGUCUAGCUAUCCGUUCAUCAUGGACAUGGAGCAUCCACAGGAGCAAAGCACACAUCGAAGCUGACAUACAAAUGAAUCUUUUAUUGCCUCUAGUUCAAACGUAAAUAUUCAGUUUCUAGGAUGAGAUGAUGAUAAUUUGAUGAUGAUAAUGAUGAUCAGCCAAAGUACUGUAAAUUAAUGGUUAUGGUUGUCUUGGUUUGCUUAAUCAUGUACAUAGGAAUGAUUUGAGAUACAUCUUAUUGAUGAUAAAUAAUGGAAGCUUUGUUUGAAUGGUA